AUGCCUUCGCCUCUAGCAGACCCCGUCAAGCUACCAUGUGGCUUGGUCCUGCCGAACAGGCUGUCCAAGGCUGCAAUGGCCGAGCUGAUGGCAAAAACCAACCAGCCAAACGACGCUCUUGCGGAUGCCUAUGAGAAGUGGUCUCAAGGCGGCUGGGGCUGCAUUCUAACUGGCAAUGUUCAAGUUGAUGUCAAUCACAUGGGGUCCCCCUUUGAUCCUGCAUUGCACUCAGAGUACACUGGCAACGAUACCACACUUCUGGAACCGUGGAAGAAAUAUGCGUCCACCUGCCAGAAGCACGGUACCCCGACUAUUGUUCAGCUCUGCCAUCCUGGACGGCAAUCCUUCCGUGUCGCUGGAAAGCGCGGUAUGUUUGCGCCAACCAUUGCGCCCAGCGCUGUGCCAAUCAAUAUCGGCUCCGGAUUGAUGGAGCGAGCCAUUGCUGCCUUGACUUGGAGUCAACCUCGUGAAAUGACACGCGGCGAUAUCGAGACUGUGAUCCGUCAAUUCGUGGAUACAGCUCGGCUGAUGGCCGACGCGGGAUUCUCUGGCGUAGAAUUGCACGCGGCCCACGGAUAUCUUCUUGACCAAUUUUUGAGCAGCAAGACUAACCGCCGCAACGAUGAUUACGGUGGUACUCCCGAAAAGCGCGCACGCUUCGUCCUCGACAUUCUCACCGAAACCCGCAAGGUUGUCCCUGCAAACUUUGCCAUUGGCAUCAAGCUCAACUCUGCCGACCACAGCUCCGACACCUUUGAAGAGACAAUGACCCAAAUCGCGCUCCUUGUCUCCGCCGGUCUCGAUUUCCUCGAAAUCAGCGGUGGCACCUAUGAAGAUCCUCGCAUGAUGGGCUAUUCCACCCGCCCCUCGGACGCCCAGGACAGCGCCAAGUCUGCCCGCACGGCGGCUCGCGAGGCCUUUUUCCUCGAAUUUGCGCACACCGUGCGCGAGCGUCAUCCCGAUCUUAUCCUGAUGUUGACGGGAGGUUUCCGCUCGCGUUUGGGUGCGGAAGCUGCCAUCAAGGAUGGCGCCUGUGACUUGGUAGGCAUUGCUCGACCGGCGGCUGUGGACCCCAAGUUCCCCCUGCUAUUGCUGGAUGAGAAGGUUGCGGAUGAAGAUGCCAAGAUUGUGCUGAACAAGGCGCCUAUUCCAUGGUAUGCGAAGUGGUUGCCGCGGAAUUUGAUUGGUGCUGGAGCAGAGAGUUUCAACUCUGUUCUUACUCUCUUGGUGUGUAUCGACGCCAUCAGUAUCCUUGAAAAGGCGAGCGCUGGCGCCGACCCGGACGUUCAGUUUGUGGAUAUCAUUGACGAAAGUUUCCAAGAAGAAAUGACGCUCGCAACUCCGAUCAGGACUGGAUUUUCGGAUCACUUGAACUCCCUGAUCAGCUUCGGACAGCUCAAGCUUUCUCAAACAGAGGUUCAUAGACUCUCGUCAUUACGACUUGCUGUUAAGCAUAUACGGCUCAUUUGCCUCCAGAAUGCCGUCAUUAGCAAUACCCGUCAAGUGAAUUCCUCUCUCUUACUUUCUGAUCCACUGAUUCUCCCGUUCUUUUUCCGCUUCCUUUCCCCCGCUCCUUUCUUUGACUUCUUUGACACUCUAGCUGCCCUCAAAUUCAAGAUUGGGCCAGUCGCAAUGAAGAGCUUCAAGCCCGUCUUCUUGUGCGAGGUAGGAGAAGCCGCAGACAUGCAGCAACCAGAAAGUAUCGCAACCGCCAAAAGUGAUGCGAAGACCAUUGCUGCGGUGCCCAGGGUUGCAUCCGGAUACCAAGCAAUCGCCAGCCGUCUGCUGCGGCGUCCUGACAUGGGCCUUGCUGGGUAUUCGCUACGGCACGUCAAAAGCAUGAUGACGGCAAUAUCGGACAUACAAGCUCUCUUGUGCUAUGUCUUUGAUUCCCUCCUCAUGCGGCAGCUGCUUCGUGAAUACACAGAACAGCGCGAGGCCAUGGUGAGAAUUCAGUCUCGUUGCAUCAGUCAUCGUCGCAUGCUGCUGGAGGUUCAGACCAAACUGAGUGCGGCCGAGAUAGAGCACAUUUCGAACUGUUGUUCCCAGGAGGUACUUCAGCCCUUGGAACAAGGUGUAUGUGCCCAGACGCCUUUUGCCCGAUGCAUCAUUUUUACAGCAAAGGGGUUUGGCCACAUCAUCACUGUGGGCAUGUACUGGCUCUAUAUCAACGACGCUACUUCUGCCCUUAUGGUGCUGAUCUUUGCUUUCCUAGCAUGUCUGCGGGAGUGCUACGCCGACCACACCAAUACUUGUCUCGAUGCCAUCUUUCACCUGAAUUGCGCUCUCGAAAGAGGGCUCCGUCUGCUGACUGAGGAUGAAGCGCCAAAUCUGAUCGAGGCUGAUAUGCCGCUAAGAGACAAUUACCUCCAGAAGGCGAUCUACUAUUAUGCCGACGUAAUUGGAACCCUAGCGGGCAUGAUUCUUCUAAUUGUUGUCCUUGUGACCUGGGCUUCUCUGGGUCCGAUCCUCCAUUUCAGCAAUACCUGGUGGCUUCUGAUCGGCACCUAUGCCGGUCUAGUCGGACUGUUCGACAGCUUCGUUCUUCGAGAUGUCCAAAGCAAAGUUCACAAGAGCCAUAAGGCCUUUAACACCAAGGCUCCGUCGCUGGCUCGUCGAGUCUCAAGAAAGAUGGACGCUAUCAGCUCGCAUCUUCUGAUGGUCGUUGCCGGUUUCCUUUUUACCAUCGGCUGCCUCGCUGCCUCGAGCGCCAUGCACUGGAGUCUAACUGGACAGCUCAUAUCCAAUGUUCCUCCUAGCGUCAUCGAGACCUUCUUCAUUUUGAUUUUGAUCACCGGUCAGAAUGAUGCGGAAGCCGGCGCCCGUGUCGACCUGACCAAUAUUUACUAUCGACGUCAGCAACUUUUGUCUUUCUUGAGACAUGCAGCGGAGUACUAUGAGGAGCAAGAAAGGGGAAUGCCCGAGACUGAGACUGGGUCUGGGGCUGAGGCUGUUCCUGCUGGGAACCAAAUAUGA